AUGUCGGAAAUUAAUAUUAACGAUUUAAUUUUACGACUGUUGAACGUUGGACAGCCAGCUAAAGGUCUCACGAAAACUGUUCGUGAGCCUGAAAUCGCAUCACUUUGCCGUAAAGCUCGCGACAUUUUCAUAGCACAACCAUCGCUAAUAGAAAUCGAUCCACCGGUUCGUAUUUGUGGUGAUACGCACGGUCAAUACGGCGACUUAUUACGAAUAUUCGGUCGUGGCGGUUUUCCUCCCCUUGCCAAUUACUUAUUCUUAGGGGAUUACAUAGAUCGUGGACAUCAAAAUCUCGAAACUAUCAUAUUACUAUUUUGUUACAAAGUGAAAUUUCCAAAUAACUUCUUUCUACUCCGCGGGAACCAUGAAUGUGCAAAUGUUAAUCGCGUAUAUGGCUUUUAUGAAGAAUGUAUACGUCGUUUUAAUUCAGUUCACCUAUGGCAAAUAUUUCAGGACACAUUUCAAUGCAUGCCAUUAACGGCAUUGGUUGGUGAACGUAUACUGUGCAUGCAUGGUGGUAUAUCGCCGCAGUUGAAAAGCCUUCAGCAGUUGCGAGAAAUUAAAAGACCAGUCGAUAUCACAAGUCCAUCACUGGAAAUGGAUUUACUGUGGGCAGAUCCGGUAAUAGGUAUUAGCGGAUUUCAAAUGAAUAUGCGAGGGGCUUCUUUUGGAUUUGGAGCUGAUAUUUUGGCUGCACUGUGUAAAGAAUUAAAUAUUGAUAUGGUGGCUCGUGCUCAUCAAGUAGUGCAAGAUGGAUAUGAAUUUUUUGGAGGCCGUAAAUGUGUCACGAUAUUUUCCGCACCUCAUUACUGUGGGCAGUUUGACAAUGCGGCAGCUGUAAUGUCCGUGGACCAAAAUCUUUUGUGCUCAUUCCAGAUUUUAAGGCCAACCAUAGGCCGAGCUACUGCCAGAAUUAUACCAACUUCCAUGGGCAAAUGUUGA